UUCCGUAAUACUUUGCUGUAUCCUGUAGUAUCAUCAACCGAAUAACGAUGCGUGAAUACUUGCUCGUUGCAGUGCUGCUUCCGGCUCUAGUUCUAGGCCAAACUCCUAUCAUGUCAUGCCCGAACGGAGCCCCAGUGCCAAGAGAGGUUGACCUGAACGGUUGCACUACUGCACCGUGCAAUAUUCCAGCCGGUGCACCGAUAGUGGCCCACGCAAAGGGAAUCGUUAGCCCCGUCGCCACAGAAACCUUGACUGCACAUAUUUCCAUACGGUUACUGGGUCUCGAGAUUCCAUUCCCGAUUCCAGAGUCGUUAGUGGACGCGUGCGCUGCCGGUACAGAGCCCGGUACCUGUCCCGUGUCGGCAGGUCAGGAAUUCGAUUAUACACUGAAUUAUGAAGGUGAUCCGCCUCCGGUUUCGGGAGUUACAGUGCAAAUCGAGGUUGGACUAGCUGCCGACGAUGGUUCGGACGUAACUUGCGUAGCUGUUGAUGUGUAUAUUUCUAAUUAGAUUAAAAUAAUGAUUUGAAAUGUUCUCAAUAGAAGUGCUUCAAUACAUUUACUAAUUAUUGAGCUAUA